UGAGAAAAGUCUCUGUCAAAUAAAGAUAGAGUUUUAUAAUGUAUAAUAUUUGAUAUCAAAUAUUUAUAUAUAAAAUAUUGAUGCCUGCUUUAAGAGAUCUUUUGCCAAAUUCACGAAAUAUGUGUGUGUGUGUGUGUGUGUGUGUGUGUGUGUGUGAGUGCCGUGCUGCCGGGGUGUGUUGGCCGCCCCCCCUCAGGACCCGCUCUCCAUGACCUCAAGGCAGGCCUGGCUGGGGGGUCCACCCGUGCGGCCUGCUUCCAGGCUUUCCUCCCCACUGGCUUCAGGGCGGAGGAGGGGCGCCAGGGAGGAGAACACAGCAGAGUCCUGGGGCUCCUGACAGGGAUGCUCGGAAGCCAACUCCUGCCAGUGCCGCUGCCGGGGAGCUGCCUCCCUGGGCGCUUCAUGCCCAGGGUAGUGCCUGUGCCCAGGCAGCUGCCCCAGCAGAUGUCACCUUCUGAACAGUGCCACAUGUGUUAGGUAGUCCCUUUUAUUAGAUUCUCCUCAGAUUAUCCAGGUGUUUGCCCCUCCGGCCUUUGCUAAGAUGUCGAAUAAUACAGCGUGUUUCCUUUUCUUUCCUUUGUGUGAACUAAGCCUCCGGCAGAAAACACUAACAUUCAAUCCCUGUGAAAAACUGGAGAAAGUUGUUCUAUAAAGCUGCUGUCUCCAUACAUCUCUUCUUCCCUUUCUUUUACUAGAAACCAGUGUUCCAAUUUCCAGUCACCAGAGUCUCUCUCGAGGUCAGCUUAGCCACAGCCUGUCAGGAUUCAAGGGGUUGUUCAUACCUUGGUAUUGUUUGGGUCAUUUUAUAGCCCCCGAUGCAGCAACCGUCCUCUCGAAUGUGUGAGCUGGAAAGAUUUUCUUCUUAUUUAUUAUUAUUAUUAAUGAAAAAACAAGUUUUUUCUUUUGUGUCUUUGUCUCUUCCCGUGAAUAGGCAGCUGGACUUCUCACCUUACUCUUUUAUCACAUAGACAUAUCCUGUCGCAUUACAGUGCUAGACUUCAGAAGCCAGAGACAUGAAAGGUUCAGCCUCUCAUAGUAGAAAACGUGUGUAUACAAUAGAAACAAAGAUGUGAUGGAUGGAGCUACAGCCACCUUUCUGGGACCAAGAAGAUUGUAAAGACUUGAGCUAUGGAACCAGUGCCAACCACCAGCUCCACAGCUCCUUCCAGUUGCAGAGCCAGAGAAAGGGCCUCCGAAGGAGCUAGCGACACCCCUAGCUCAUUUCAACCAUCACUGCAAGCGUCAGAGCCAGCAUCACUUCCAUCAGCUGUUCCAGAUCUGGAACGAGGGCUCACGUCUUCUUCUGCAUGUGCGCCAGGUCCUGAGCUGCAGUCAGUUCGACCACCACCUUUCCUGGGAAUUGUAACUCCAGCCCUAAACAUAGAGACGGAGCCACCUCCAGCCCCAGAGGCUACCUGCCACUGGUGCAUAGCCCCCGAGCACCAGCUGCAUGAGAUGCCUGGCCUUACGGACUUCCCUCCCACGCUGGUGGCAAAGCAAUUGCCAUCCAAAGAUGCGGUGACCAGCUGGCCCUCAGGGCGGGACUGGGGCAGGCUUUUUCUUCUGCUGUCUUCUGCCCCAGAUCUGCCUUUCCCUGAUGUGGGCUCGUAUGGCCGGGGUCCAAGUCUCAGCUCCAUCACUUACCAACCACAUCAACCUGUCCAGUUCCUCAAACUCAAGCUUUCACUGUCCAGUUGCAGACUGUGGCGAUAGACCCUGGGAAGAACUGAUGCAGAGUUCCUAUGUCGAUUAAAUGAGCCAGAACGGAUAGGCGAAUGGGCAGGCCCUGGUUCCUUGGGUGGGGGAGGGCAACUGACUAUGUGUGGCCAAGCCCAUGGGUCGCCCACUCAUCUGCCUUGGAGGCCGAGCACCCUUGCAUUUAUUAGGCAUCUGAUGUGUGCUGAAGUACAGGCAGACAAACCAUGGUUGUAGCUAUCCUGUGAGAAUGUGCAGCUGAAAGAGGAGUAGGACCAGAGGCAUGAACAGUUGGAGGGGAAGAUGCCCCCUCUGAGGAGCCACCUUGAACUGCCACCUGGAGCUUGAAGUUAGUGGGGAUGAUCAGGGUGCAAAUGCCCUCCUUCCUUCCCUGCCAGUAUCUGCUCCUGGCUCAUCUUGUGCUGGGUAUAAUGCUGAGUGAAGUAAGUCCAUCGGGGAAGGACAAUCAUCAUAUGGUUUCACUCAUACAGGGAAUGUAAGAAAUAAAAGGGAUGAUGAAGGAAAGGAGGGAAAAUGAGUGGAAAAAAUA